AGCAACAUGAGACUCAUCUAUGGUUUGCUUGCAUUGGCCAGCAGCCAGCUUAUCGCAGCUGCUCCUGCGAUUGCUGCUGAUGUCGCUUCGGGCGAAGCUGUUUCGUGCCGCGAUGUAAUCAUCCCUGUCCAUAUAGCAAAAUCAGCUGCAGGCAACUUCUCCACCGGAGCUUACGAUGUCAAUGUUCUCUUCGCAUUGGCCGCUCGCAAGACGCUCGUCGCAGCCGACUACAACAUCUCGGCUCGUAUUUGCGAGCCCCCCUCUCAUGUCGCUGCCCUCGAUACGGUGCAGAUACUUGCGCACGGCGCCACGUUCAACAAAAAGAUGUGGGACUUCCCGUACAAGCCACACAUGUACAGCUGGACCCAGAGGAUGACGAGUGCGGGAUACACCACUAUUGCUGUGGACCUCCUCGGUACUGGGAACAGUAGUUUCCCGGACGGGCUCCUGGAGGCCCAGACGGAGACGUGCGUACAAGCGAUGCAUCAGGUGGUACAGAAGAUACGUGAAGGAAUAUACGUUGGCCGUGUAUUCAAGCAGAUCGCGUUCGUUGGUUUCUCCAUAGGAGGUAUCAUAGCGAACGGGCUGGCCGACAAGUACCCCCACGACGUCGACGUUUACGUCUUGAUCGGCAUCUCCUGGGAUCUGACAUGGAUCUACCCGGCCUUCUUGGCGGGCCUGCAGACCUCGGCCCGGACCAUAGACCCUGAGCGCUGGGGGCAUCUAGAGGCAUAUUACCAGACGCAACCCACGCUUGCAGCACGGGAAGUAGCGUGUUUUUAUGGUGAUUACGACAAGGAGGCCCUGGAGACAGACUUUGCCACGCGGGAUUUCGAUACCCUUGGCGCUGCAUUGACGUUCACAUACCAUCUGGUCGCUGCUCCAGAUUUCACGGGACCGGUUUUCCUAGGCAUCGGUGAAAACGACGGGACGUUUUGUGGCGGCCCAACAUGCGGCAGCCAGCCGUACGCGGUUUACGACAAGUUCCCCGCUGCCUCUGCUCACAGCGUCAAAGUCUAUGAAAAUACUGGCCAUGCAAUCUUGUAUCAUCAAAGCGGGCCGCGGCUGAUGGAUGACGUACGGCUUUUCUUGGCCGCUCAUCGGCCUUGAGAGAAAUCGAGGGCUCGCGGAGGGUGGUAACGUGUUUUUCCGCCUGGGUCAGUGGAGACAAGGUUGUUGGCUGUUGUUCCAUGUAAACUUGUCAGCAUCUACCUUUUUAUCAGAUUGUCUCACUCGAACAGGCACAGUCUCUUGCCAUAAAUACAACCUGUAAUGUGACCAAACGACCUGAACCUCCCAUGAACUUCUC